UUACCCGAAGACUACGACGCAGACGAGCCAGACAAGCUAGACUUGCGGACACCUGGAGACCAUUUGAUCCAGGAGGCCAAAAUCUACGAAAUCCUCGAGCAGCACCCUCACCCUAACAUAUACGUUUACUGUGGAUGCGUCCGUGACGGUGACUAUGUUACCGACAUAUAUUUGAAAAAAUAUGGACGCACACUUAUGCACGCAGUUUGGAAAGGGGAUACAACCCUGAACCCUGCCACAAUUCUUGAUGGUAUUUCAAAAGGGCUCCAUUUCCUGCAUGAGACGCUCGGUCUUGUGCACAAUGAUAUGAACCUCGCUAAUAUCAUGCUCGAUGACGCGGGACAUCCCGUAAUAAUCGAUUUUGACUUUUGCAUACCGAUUGGGGAAGAGAUAGGAAUUUCCAGCAAAGCGGGGACAUUCGGCUGGACAAUGGGGCCAAUGCCGACCAUGGCUCUUCCAGAAAAUGAUAUAUACGGCCCAACACAGAUUGGCGAAUUCAUGAAGGGAAAACGUUCAUAGAUGUGAGUAUUCACAUUUUUUCCGCGGUACCAUUUGCAUUCUUUUCCCAUAGACUGCGCCGAUCGUUCAAACUUCAGAUGAAAUAGGAGGUGAAACAUGACUAGGAUGCUGCGAUGUAGGUCAGCGUUUGCGCA